AUGGCAUUCCAAGCAGACCUGGGCAGUAUUGGUACCAAAAGCAUCGAAAUAGAUGAGAAAAAUGAGUCCGCUGCACGUUUACCAGAUUUAGCUCCAUAUGAUGUCAACUACGAUGAGUUUGGACCACGUUUUGCGGAUCUUCCGAUGGAGAUUCUGCUAAAGAUGUUUUCUUACCUUACUCCAUCGGAACGGCGAGAGGCGGGACUAACCUGUCGCCGUUGGUACGAGGCCACUCACCAUACGGCAUUUAUGGACAGAUACUGGCUCGUCCUAAAGCGCUUCGAGUCCGAUGAGAAUGAACUGUUCAUGCAGCACCUGCUUGACUACUCCCACCAUUUCCCGAACAUCGAGCUGCGGGAGGUUGAUUUCGAUCGGCUCGGUAACUUCUUCGCUCAAUUCGGACUACACAUACGUAGAAUCGUAUUCGAUGCGUGCGACCUGGAGGAGCGCACACUAUUCACCAUCCUGAGCCACCUAUCUGGAUUGCAGUCGCUCUCGAUACGCUCUUGUCAAAUCCCGUAUACGUCCAAGAGCGUGCUGGACGAGAAUCCAACCGAACAGGCGGCCCUCCGUCAAACGUUGUCUGGCGUGACGGAGCUGUCCGUUGCCAACAUCAACGACACACUCCUAGACCGGCUGGUGGAAUGUAUGCCUUCGCUGUGUUCGCUCGGGCUUGUGCGCCGUGUCAUGUACUUUAAUUCCGAGCGAUUGCGACGCAAAUUCUUCCCAGGCUACAUAUUUAAGAACUGUUUUAACAGCGCAAGAGAGCUGAAGGAGCUACCCGUCAUGGUGCCAGAGCUUCAACUCAAACGGCUCGAGUUGGAAGAAACGACGGGAAUAGGUCCUCGUUGUGGGAAUGCUAUGGAGACGGUGAACCUAUUCUUUUCUAUGCUGCUUCGAACGCAAGCGAACCAUCUGCAGCAUCUCAACCUUUCAACCUGGUACAAGAUGGGUAAUCACACUCUGAAACAGAUUUGUCAGGAACUUCCGGGGUUGCGUGUACUCAAGAUGCGCAAGUGUAAGAUCAGCAACCAGGGCCUGCAGCAGCUAUCGCAACUAACCCAGCUCGAAGUGCUCGACAUUUCGUACUGUAAGGCCAUCAAUGGUGAAGGAAUCGUCGAUGGAAUCGCCUCCAAGAAGAAUGAUGUUCUGAGGGAGCUGUACAUCGGUGGGUUGGAUUUGUCCGAGCGGUCGAUCAUUGCCAUUACGGAGACCUUGGGAGAGUUGCGUGUGCUCGAUCUUGGCUACUGCUUCCAUGCCAUGUCCGACCUCUGUGUGCAGUUCAUUUGCCGCAAUUUGGUUCGCCUGACGCACCUGACACUGGAUGGCUGCAGGAAGGUGUCGGACGGUGGCCUGACUGGGCUGGGUAUGCUCGAGCAGGUGCAGCACCAUAUGCAGGCAGCUACUGAGGAUUCUUCAACGGAAGGAAACCGAAUCCAAAAUGCACACCAAAAGGCUGCUGCUCCCGAAGCAGACGAAGUUCAACCAAAGCUUACCGUUCCACAAGUCCAACCUAUCCGCAUCCCGCUUCGUAGGUGUGCUGAGCAGGAAAUUGUGAACGAUGCCGAAAGGAAGCGCCAACGCAUGGAAGCGAUGGAGCAGAAGGAAAGCAUGUCGCAGCAGGCGUCUUCAUCGACUACUGCGUUCAGUUGCUACUCGAUCGAACGACUCCAGCAGCUCCGUGUGCUCAACCUAGCCGGCUGCUAUAGCCUGACCGACGUGUCGCUCCUGUUCAACUUCCGGCUCGUUGAGCUCCGCAAACUAUCGCUCGCCGCCUGCAAACAGUUCACGCACGAAGGUGUCCACGCACUGGUGCGGGAUUGUCCCGCUAUCGAGCAGUUGGAUCUGAGCGAGUGCUACAACAUCAAGGACGAAACCGUACGCCAGAUCGUGAUCCAUUUGCGGCGGCUGCGGGUGCUCAGCCUGCGCGGCUGCUACCAGCUGACCGACUACAGCCUCGACUACAUCGCGUCCCAUUGCCACCGGCUGCGGGUGUUGGACGUUCGCGGUUGCAAGCAGAUGGACGGUGAGCCGGCCCGUCGGCUAGUGAACCUGAAGCAACUCACCACGAUUCAUAAGGGCGAGUAA